AUGACCGUGAACAUUACAUAUCAGCUAGUUUGGACAGAAUUAUUGGAUACAGAAAAUAAGUAUAUCAAUUUAUUACAAGAUGUUUAUGAUAAGGUCAUGUUGAAUCAAGAACUUGACUUUAAAAAAUCAGUUGGUAUUACACAGAUUCCAUUAACUCAAUUAAAACAGAAAUUACUUGGGAAUUGGUUUGAAUUACUCUCAUUUCAUAAAAUACAUGUCCUACCUACAUUGAAAGAAUGCAAUGGAAGUGCUAAGAUGAUCAAAUAUUGGGCUUCUAUCAUGGCACCUUGCUUCAUUGACCUGUAUACUACGUAUUGUUUAUUCCAUGAAAAGACAAAACGACUAUGUGCUUAUUUAGGAAAUGUUUCAUGUAAAAGUAUGGUUUUAAAAAAACCAAAUGAAAAAAUUGGAAAUUAUAACACUGAUACCGAGCUAUUUAAAUCUCAACUAACCAAACCUGUACGACGUAUUCAAUCUUAUCACGUAUUAUUGAAUAAACUACAAAAAGAAGCGAACUUAUCUGAUGUUAAAUACUUGGACGAUGCUCGUCAAACAUUCAACAGAAUAUGUGAUACAGUAAAUGUGACAAUGAAUCUGCGUGGUCUGACGGUAGCACCAUCAAAAUUAGGACAUUUUUUGCUAGAAGCUGAUUUCACUGUUAACCGAACAAUCAAAUCUACUAAGUCAAAACGACAUUUUCAUGUAAUUUUAUUUACUGAAAUGUUACUAUUGACAAAGUACCGCGUUUCAUUUAAAACAUCAAUUACUAAUAAUAAGGGCUCUGAAGAUCAGUUUCCAGAUUUGGAUGAUUAUUUGGCAUUCUUUGAUUUUUCACAUAAUAGUAAGCUCAGUUGUAAUAAAUCAUAUGAAGUAGAAGAAGAAAUAUGUCUACAUCGGAUUGGAUUAUUUUCAAAUUCACAUGAUCGAUGUUUCUCAUUAUUUACUGAAAACUAUGGAUCCACGUACACAUUUAGAUCAAACGAUAAUACAGUGAAACAAUUAUGGACGAGUACAAUCAAUAAAUUACUUAUGAAUCAAUUGUAUAAUUUACGAGUUGACACAAAUCCACAACUACAGACACUCAAAAGACUACCGAUUUCAAGUAGUCACUUUUCUUGGCUUAAUUCAAAUUUACCAGUAAAUCCUAAAACAAAGCAAUUUGAAGAGAAGUGAAAGCAACAUUUUUAAAAUAAUGUUUCAUUUUUCAAUUCGCUCACAUUUCAUUAGUAUUUUGGAUAAAAACAAUUUAAAAAUAGUUUAUAAUAAUAUUGUUCACUGUGGAGGUUAAUUGUGUUAUAAGAUCCGUUAUUUAUUAAAAAUUACAAGUUUUACUUUAUUAAAAUCAGAAUAACAGUGUGAACAGCUAAUCUACAGUUACUCACCAUUCUCAAAGAGUUUGAGUGGAAAAUUGAAGUAGAUCCCCCGACUCUAAGUGAAGUUCAAAAGGCUAUAGCUAAUCUGAAAAGAGGAAGGGCAGCUGGUUCACAUGAAUUGGCUCCAGAGGUCUUUAAAUAUGGUGGUCCAAUUUUAGCGAUUAGGUUGACUAAUAUUUUCGCUAAAACCUGGGAGUCGGACGUAAUCCCAUGUGACUGG